AUUAUAAUUAGAAACUGAAAUGUAAUUUACUUUCGCUUUUAUUGUUACACCGUGAUUCAUAAUCGUCGCUCAUUUAUAACUGGCCGUGGCUCGCUGUCAAUAGAUAAGAUAAGUACAUUAAUGAAAGUGGAGCCUUAGACAUGUUCAAAAUGUUCGGAAAAUCGAAAAAGGAAAAGAAUAGUAAAGGCGAGAAGAAGAAAAUUGUUGUCGACGAUAACACCAAUUUUUCAUCGUCGAUCUCAUCGAAUUUACAACAAAAUGUUACAGUUAAACAUUUCGCCACUCGUACAGUUACCACUACAUUUUCGUCUUCAGGAAAUAAAAUUACGGAAAGUACGACUAAAAAUCUAACAUCUCAAUUACCUCAGUCCCCAUAUACAUCGCCAUUUCGCAGGGAUGGACCGUUUUCAAUAUUUUCAGGAUCUCAGCAAAGGGGAAAUUCUCUAAUUUCCUCGAACAGAAAUGCUUUCCAAACAGAAUUCGCAGGAACUAAUUUACAAGCGGAUGCUAGACCUAUAAUACCCAUACAGUAUAAUACAAAACCAGUAACAUUGCCAUUGAAGAAUGUUGUUCCUACAUCGACGUACGUAUCUCCGUAUAAACAACAAACAUACGUAUCUCCGUAUAGACAAACGGAACCAAAAAAGACUGAUUUUAAAGAGUACAAUGAACUAUCCAAUGCUUUAGUAAUCAAAGUUAAGAAAGCUAAGACUUUUCACGAUCAAAAUGGGGGACCGGUGCCAGUGUACUCGACGCACGGAUCCCGCAGAGGUAAAGCCUUGCUCAUCAAUAACAUCAUGUUCGAGAAGGAUCAGAAGAGUUACAGGAAAGGCGCCGAGGUGGACGAAAAGAAUAUAUCGGAGUUGCUCAACCAAAUGGGUUUUAAAGUGGAAAAAUAUCGAGAUUUGACAAAGAAUCAAAUGGUUAAAAAACUGGUCGAUUAUGCGUCGAGUUAUUCAUUGAAAAACGUAGAUAUAAACGUUGUGGUGAUGAUGAGCCACGGAAUUGGGAAUAAUGAUGGUAACACGCACAUUGCUGGCACAGACAACAAUCUAUUGAGUAUUGCGGAUAUCGUCGAGAAGUUCGACAAUUCGAAUUGCCCGAACUUGAUUGAUAAACCAAAGAUUUUCAUAUUCCAAUGUUGUCGAGGUGAUCAAGAUCAAAGGGUGGAACGCGAUGCCGCCCAAAUAAUGAAAGCGAAGAAGAAAUAUAACGAUAUGCUUCUUGCAUAUUCCACCAUCCCUGGUUACGUUUCGCACAGGAAUCCCGUUUUGGGUACAUGGUACAUACAGGCCAUUUGCAAAGUGUUCAUGGAACACGCGUGCGACACUCACGUCGAAGAUCUGCUGAAGAUCGUUGAGAACAUGCUGAAUCAGCUGGCAGGAGACUCUGGAUACACCCAGACGAGCAGCUACGAGAAUAGAGGCUUCAAAUUGUGCUACCUCCAUCCCAAAUAAUUUAAAGAAUCUUUCACAUAAAUCAAUCCAAAUAUUU